AUGUUAGUAUAUGAAAGAGGCUUAACUGGAAUUGAGAAUAUUGACAUUGGUGGUGCGCAAGUAAAACAACAAACUUUUAUAAUGGCAUUAGAGACUUCUGAUGAGUUAAAUGAGGAUCCAUUCUGUGGACUCGUUGCCUUUAUCGGCGAGCAACAAGGUCACGGUCACCACAAUGCAAAUGAAAAGAGAUAA